AUGACGACUGGACAGGAUGAAAGUUCGGUCCGUGUGGCACUAAGGAUACGUCCUCAGCUGGCCAGGGAGAAAAUCGAGGGAUGCCACAUCUGUACGUACGUGAUGCCCGGGGAGCCGCAGGUGAUCCUGGGCAAAGACAAGGCCUUCACCUACGACUACAUGUUCGACAUGGACUCGCAGCAGGACAACAUCUACGCCACCUGCACGGAGAAGCUGAUCGAGGGCUGCUUCGAGGGCUACAACGCUACUGUGUUUGCAUACGGACAGACGGGGUCAGGGAAGACCUACACAAUGGGAACUGGCUUCGACGUGAAUAUAGUAGAUGAGGAGUUGGGCAUCAUCCCCCGUGCCGUCCAUCAUCUUUUCAAGGGCAUCGAGGAGCGGCGCGAGGUCGCCCGGGAGCAGGGCCGCCCGGUGCCCGAGUUUAAGAUCAACGCCCAGUUCCUGGAGCUGUACAAUGAGGAAGUUCUGGACCUGUUUGACUCCGUACGGGACAUGAAGCAGAAAUCUCACAUUAAGAUCCAUGAAGAUGCAAAUGGAGGGAUCUACACCGUCGGAGUGACCACGCGGACCGUGUCCUCCGAAGCAGAGAUGCUGCAGUGUCUGAAGUUGGGGGCUCUGUCUCGCACCACAGCCAGCACUCAGAUGAAUGUCCAGAGCUCUCGAUCCCACGCCAUCUUCACCAUCCACUUGUGCCAAGUCCGCGUCUGUGCCUCUGACAAUCUAGAAAAUGAGAAUGAUAACAGAGUCUCCAAUGGAAACUCUGAGAUGGAUGAAUACGAGACACUAACCGCCAAGUUUCACUUUGUGGACCUGGCUGGCUCUGAGAGACUGAAGAGAACCGGAGCGACGGGUGACCGAGCCAAAGAGGGCAUCUCCAUCAACUGUGGACUGCUUGCUUUGGGGAAUGUAAUCAGUGCUUUGGGUGACCGGAGCAAGCGGUCUUCACACGUGCCUUACAGAGACUCCAAACUCACCCGCCUGCUGCAGGAUUCGCUGGGAGGAAAUAGCCAAACGGUCAUGAUUGCGUGCAUCAGUCCUUCUGAUCGGGAUUUCAUGGAAACGCUGAACACGUUAAAGUACGCCAACCGGGCCCGGAACAUCAAGAACAAAGUGAUGGUGAACCAGGACAAGGCCAGCCAACAGAUCAGCGCGUUGAGAACAGAAAUAGCCCGGCUGCAAAUGGAGCUGAUGGAGUACAAGACGGGCAAACGCAUGGUGGGGGAGGACGGCAUUGAGAGCUUCAGCGACAUGUUCCAUGAGAACUCCAUGCUGCAGACGGAGAACAGCAACCUCAGGGUGAGAGUCAAAGCCAUGCAGGAGACCAUUGAUGUCCAGAGGGCGCGCCUCACUCAGCUGCUCAGUGACCAGGCCAACCAGGCACUUGCCAGGGCUGGUGAAGGAGGCACAGAGGAAAUUGGGAACAUGAUACAGGGUUACAUCAAAGAGAUUGAAGACCUUCGGGCCAAACUCCUAGAAAGCGAGGCUGUGAAUGAGAAUUUGAGGAAGAAUCUGUCUCGGGCCUCCAGCCGUCAGUCCUUCUACGGGGGACCCGGCUCCUUCCCCACCAACUUGAUGGCCCCCGAGAAGGAGACAUCUGACAUCAUCGAACUUGCCAAGAAGGACCUGGAGAAACUCAAGAAGCGAGAAAAAAAGAAAAAGAAAAGUGCCAACAAGGAGGAAGUUCCUGACAAUGAGCAAGAGAAGGGCUCUGAGAAGGAAAUGGCAGAGCGUGUUACUGAAGACCCUGACAUAGAGAUCGCAGAGGGCAGUGACCAUGACGAAGGAGAGGAGGAGGAUGAAGAGGAAGAAGAGGAGAUGGAAGUGGAGGACAGCUCUGACGACUCCGACUCUGAAUGUGACGAAAAAGAGAACUUCCAGGCCGAUCUGGCCAACAUCACGUGCGAGAUCGCCAUAAAGCAGAAGCUGAUCGACGAGCUGGAGAACAGCCAGCGGCGUCUGCACACCCUCAAACAGCAGUACGAGCAGAAGCUGAUGAUGCUGCAGAGCAAGAUCAGGGACACCCAGCUGGAGAGGGACCGUGUCCUCCAAAACAUGACUUCGGUGGAAAGCGGCACCGAGGACAAGGCUCGCAAAAUCAAGGUUGAAUAUGAGAAGAAACUAAGCGUCAUGAACAAGGAGCUUCAGAAACUUCAGUCUGCUCAGAAGGAGCACGCCCGCCUGCUGAAGAACCAGUCCCAGUACGAGAAGCAGCUGAAGAAGCUUCAGAUGGACGUGGCAGAAAUGAAGAAGACUAAGGUUCGUCUCAUGAAGCAGAUGAAGGAACAGCAGGAGAAAAACAGGAUGAACGAGUCUCGCAGGAAUCGGGAAAUUGCCUCUUUGAAGAAGGACCAGCGUAAGCAGGAGCAUCAACUGAAGUUACUAGAAGCUCAGAAAAGGCAGCAGGAGCUCAUCCUGAGGAGGAAGACCGAAGAGGUGACCGCCCUGAGGAGGCAGGCCAGGCCCACCUCAGGCAAGGUGAUCAGGAAAGUAAAUCUUCCCGACCCGGUGCACGACUCCCCUCACCGACCAUCCACCGGACGCAUGUACUCCUCCAGCAACACGGCGACCAACGGCACACGGUCCUCUUACAGGCGCACAGCUGGCGUGUACUCCACCAGAAUCGCUCGCAACAAGUGGCAGACCCUGGAGCGGCGGAUCACCGACGUCAUCAUGCAGAGAAUGACCAUCUCCAACAUGGAGGCCGACAUGAACCGUCUCCUCAAGCAACGAGAGGAGCUGACGAAGCGGAAGGAGAAGGUCAUCAGGAAGAGGGAGCGGCUGUCCAGGGAGGGGCCCGAGGCAGAGAAAGCACUGCCCCCCGUCAACGAGGAGGUGGACGCGCUGACCGCCAACAUCGACUACAUUAAUGACAGCAUCGCCGACUGUCAGGCCAACAUCAUGCAGAUGGAAGAAACCAAAGAUGAGGGUGACACAGUGGACGUCUCUGCUGUGAUUGGCUCCUGUACCCUGGCCGAAGCUCGCUUCCUGCUCGAUCACUUCAUGUCGAUGGCCAUUAACAAGGGUCUGCAGGCGGCCCAGCGGGAGUCUCAGGUGAAGGUGAUGGAGGGCCGGCUGAAGCAGACGGAGAUCACCAGCGCCACACAGAACCAGCUGCUGUUCCACAUGCUGAAGGAGAAGGCCGAGUUCAACCCGGAGCUGGACGCGCUGCUGGGGAACGCCCUUCAGGAGCUAGGUAACGUCCCUGCUGAAAACGGGGAUGAUAGCAGCAGUGAUGAGUCAGCUCAGAGCCCCUCAGCAGAGGGAACGAACUUGGCGUCAGACCUAAUGAAACUCUGUGGGGAUACCAAAACAAGGAACAAGGCCCGGAGGAGGACCACCACCCAGAUGGAGCUGCUGUAUGCGAACAGCGACUCGGCCCCCGACGCCCCCGCAGACUUCUCCGGUCCCAUGCUGCCGUUAGCCGAGACGCCCGAAGGCGGUGUGGACGCCGACCUGUCGGGCUCAUCAGUCAGGGACUACGCUGCUCUCUCUCCUGGCUUUUCCUCUAAAAUGGGCAGCAUUUCUGGCUCCAGAACUGCACCAGGCGUGGAUAAGCGAGCGCCGGAGCCCUCGCCGCUCUCUCGCAGGAAGACCUAUGACAAGGCACAAGCAGCGGCUGACAGGGCAAAAGUCAAGGAGAUUAAACAGGGUGUCAUCAACCCAGUGCCGUCCACUAAGAGCAGCCGGGCGGGGACCUUGCAGUGCGUCCACGUGGCCGAAGGACACAGCAAAGCCGUUUUGUGUGUGGACUGCACGGAUGACCUCCUGUUCACCGGAUCCAAAGAUCGAACCUGUAAGGUGUGGAAUCUGGUCACUGGUCAGGAGAUAAUGUCCCUGGCCGGACACCCCAACAACGUGGUGUCCAUCCGCUACAACUCCAGUUUAGUCUUCACCGUCUCCACCUCCUACAUCAAAGUCUGGGACAUCAGGGACUCAGCCAAGUGCAUCAGAACUCUCACAUCCUCUGGUCAGGUCAACGUUGGGGACAGCUGUGCGUCCAGCACCAGCCGGACAGUCACCAUUCCCGCGGGAGAGAACCAGAUCAAUCAAAUUGCUCUCAAUCCCAACGGCACAGUUCUGUACGCCGCUGCCGGAAACUCUGUCCGAGUGUGGGACCUGAGAAGAUUUGCAUCCACUGGCAAACUGACCGGUCACCUUGGUCCAGUGAUGUGUCUGACUGUGGAUCAGUCCGGAAACAACCAGGACCUGGUGAUCACAGGGUCCAAGGACCAUUACAUCAAGCUGUUCGACGUGACCGAUGGCUCACUGGGGAGCAUCGGCCCCACACACAACUUCGAGCCCCCACAUUACGACGGUAUCGAAUCUCUGGUGGUCCAGGGGGACAUUUUCUUCAGCGGCUCCCGAGACAACGGAAUCAAGAAGUGGGACCUAGACCGCAAAGACCUGCUUCAGCAAGUCCCAAAUGCUCACCGUGACUGGGUGUGUGCGCUGGGCGUGGUCCCCAACUCCCCCGCCCUGCUGAGCGGCUGCAGAGGUGGGGUGCUCAAGCUCUGGCACACGGACACGCUGGGGACUCUGGGAGAGCUCAAGGGUCACGAAAGCCCCAUCAACAGCAUCGCUGCCAACAGCAGCCACCUGUUCACCGCCUCUGAUGAUCGCACCGUAAAGAUCUGGCGUGCACGCGGCGGACUGGACAGCACCUUAGAGGCGGUGGACAAUGCGGACGAGGUGGCCAGCAACUGAACAUGGCGUCACCUGAUUGGUUUGACUCCAGGAUAAUGUAACAGCGGCCUGUGAGACUGUUGCCCUGCACUUUGACCCCUGACCCCACCUGAUGCUGACUCCAGAGACACGUUACUCUUCACUGAGCCAACAGUCAUCUCAUCUCAACGGAAGUUCCAGUCUAGUUAGUUGUAUUUCUUCCACCCCAGAAGCUCAAUGGGUCUCACUAAUCACUGUCUCUAUUGUUAAUAACUUUUUUCCAGCAGAAAUGCCACUGUUCACUUUUUGUGCUGUCAAAGUUUGAUCUUCUAACAACUGGCACUCACACGAUAUAUAGACUUAUACACUUAAACAAACUCACUUUUGAAAGUAAAUGUGCAUCCCAGUUUAGCGUCCAACAGUAUGUGAGCACACAUUAAGGCCACCCUCCCUGAUCGUCUUUUGUCAGAUAUGGGAAGUAAAAGGAAAUGCAGUGUUUGAGGAGAAAAAGUGGCAGAGCUAAAGGGUUGGUAGCUGGUCUCCACAACCCAGUUCUCCAGCUGGUUCAGACAGUGUCUCAGCAGAACCGGUCUCCUCGCACCCCUUUCCUGAGAGCAUCAAAAGUCACUUUACUGCAUGUGGAAAUGGCUAAGUCCUCCUAUGUAAUCCUCUUUUUUUCAAAUGUUCUUCAGUGACUUCCUAUCAGAAACUCUUCAGUCAUUGUUUCACUGCAAGCGAGCGGCUCCGGUAAACAUUACAGUCUAAUUAUGUUUGACUUAAAUAAAACUAAAGCCAUCUCUAAAGCUCUUAAAUGAAAACCUAUCUCACUCAAAGGGUAGGAAUUAGAAUUUAAUGUUCUGGCAGGCUGAGUCUGCCUCAGUCAACGUGGUUUAAGCCUUUUUGAUUACCUUUUCCAGCCCGUAGCGAAGCCGCUGCCAGCUGGAGCUUGAUAUUUGUCGCACGGCCAUGAGAGUGAGGGCAUUUUUUUCUGGUCUUAACAUUACCUCCAGCUUGUUAAACGUAUUCCUUUAUCUUUUGAGCACUUGUAAGAAACUGACACCGUUCCUUUUUCAGAUCUGCGUAAUCCUCCUUUAAUGCGUGGUGGUCCAGCACCGAGGAUGUUCCGCACUUGUUGUCCUCGUGUCAUUGUGUGUCAAAUUGUGUUCACUCUUCACACGUGCUGUUGGUAUUUCCUGAGCCUUAAGUCCAGCUCCCCCCCCCGCGGCUAAGGCCUCUGCUCACCCUCUUCAACCCUUUAUGAGGGCUUCUUUUAGUGGACUCCGGGUGAAGUCCACCUCUUGUAGUAGUUCCAGUAACUGUGUGUGUAUAUAUGGAAUAGUUUGUCUGGAGAGGCCUUUGGACUUCAGUGUUGUUCGCUGAAGCGCAAACACACCCCUGUCUCCCAGUUCUGAUCCUAGUGAGACCCUCUCUGAGGCACUUGUGAUCCCCCUGAUGUAACCGAUCACGUGCUGUCACUUCUGAAUGUCUGGUGGUACAGCAGUCGUACGCUUAUCGGAACACAUAUCUAAUGGAUGUAAACUUGUGUAUUUAAGUGAAAUGUGACUGAAUGUUAGUUUUGUGGGACCACUGAUCUGAAUGCAGUCUCACAACAGAGCCAAGAGGACCAGAAGUGGCCAGCAGGAAGGAUGUGCAGCAUCUGUAGGGCUUUGGACUGAGCUUUUCCUCCACUGAGGUAGCAAAUUAUGUUUAGUGGCCUAUACAGGUAGUUUUUUGUUUAGUUUGUUUUGACUAUUACUCUUUCUCUGUUCCAAAUAUCCUGGAUGAUCCCCUCUGGAGUCUAGUCGCCAUGCCCCAGCGGCACGGCUGUAGCCAUUCUAAUGUCAGAUGUCUGGUGAGAAUAAAUGCCAUCUGUCAAAAAUAACCAGCGCUGUUUGGCUGUCUCACUUUUAUUGUUUUAAGUCUCAUUACUGCUCUUUAUAUACCUAUUUGGUUAAGUUACAAAUAUCUGCAUUUAAAUAGAUGAUUAAACUGAACUUUUUUUUUUUUCUCACUUAUCUGUUUUUGAAUUGUAGAAAUGAUGCAUUUGUAUAUUUGAUUUGUUUUUGCUCCU